AGCUCUUGCAUCGUGAUCUUGCAGCAAGAAACGUUUUGCUUAGUGCGAAAAAAGUUUGCAAGAUCUCCGACUUUGGUCUCUCUAGAAAUGUCGGCGAUAGUGGGGUUUACUACAGAAUGUGUGAGGAUCGACUUCCAAUUAGAUGGAUGUCCCCCGAAGCUCUUUUCAACAAUACUUACACAACAAAGAAUGAUGUCUGGGCAUUUGGUAUAACCCUUUGGGAAAUACUUACAUUUGGCUCAACACCUUAUCCGCAUAUGAAUAGCAAGGGCGUAUUGGAUAUGGUAAAAUCUGGGAAAGUGAUGGACAGACCACAACAUUGUAAAUUAGAACUGUAUACUGUGAUGACAGAAUGCUGGAAGCAAGAUGCAGGCACACGACCUAGCUUUUGUGACCUUGUAUCUAAGAUGGAGGAGAUGUUUCAACAAGAGACUCCGUACAUGAACAUGAGUGCAUUUAAUGCACAUCUCUAUGUGAAUAUCAAUCCCGAAAACCUAGAUGAAAAACUGUAAAUGGAAGGCACACU